GCCAGUGACAUAAACGAUGAAUAUUAAUAUGUGUUACGCCAAUGCCAUUAUUUUAUUUUUCUCUGAGUAAUUUUCCCUUUUCAUUUUGGACACUCUUGCAUUCUAUGUAGCUGUUUUGGAGUUUAAUCUCCAUUUCUCGGAGGUAAAAUGGUGAACAGUACUGUCAUGCCAUUGUUAUCAUUUAAUUUUCCCUUUUCAACUUAGUUUCCAGACACUUAAACUUAUUGUUGAGUUAUGAUCGAAAACCAUGGAUUUUUUUAGAUAUUCCAGACACAAAAUAAGGACAUGCAUAGGAAUGUUACCACAAAGUCACCGAUUUACCAUGCGACUACAUUUUGCCAAGUUGCAAACAACACUUACAUUCUUUUCUAUAAACCGCAGACACUAGGGCAAUCAUUAACUUCAUUGUCUUAAUUACAGGCCGACCAAUAAGGACUUUGUAUAGCUCUAGUUUAAGCCAAUGUAUGUUUGUUUUGAAAGUUAUUAUAGAAAAAAUCUUAUAUAGAUAUGGUUUGAGGUUUCUUUUUCAAAAUCAAAUUUUAUAUUGUUUUUUCCCUUUAUCAAAUAUAUCAUUAUACGCGUAUGUAAAUUGAUUGUUAUGAUUGCAUAAGUGAUUGCUAAAUGUACACACCAUGCUAGGAUUCAUAUAUUUAGAUGGUGUUAUUUAUCAAAGAAAAUAGAUAAAUUUAACUGUCACAUCAUUUAUAAAUCCAAAAUCUUGAAAUUGUAGGGACGAUUUGUCAUUAUUUUUGUAACCUUUUAUGUUAUUGGUUUUUUAACCUAAUUACAAAAUGUGUAUCUCUUUGUCAAGCUGUUUCUUUAAUUCUAACCAUAAGACGACGAGAGCCUAACAAAAAUUGAUACAUUGGAACCGUUUACAAACGUUUACAAUAUUUUGCCUGUUAAAAUGUACUUCCUCAUUUGUUUGUUUGUUUGUUUGUUUGUUUACUAGUUUGUUUGUAUGUGGUUUAACGUUCUCGUAAUAGCUAAGAUCACGUGAAGACGGAUGCCUAGAAAGACAUCAGUCGAAAGAAAGAGUAGAUAAAUAGGAAUAGAUCCUAAGUAUUGCAAUGCGUGUCAAUUGUAGUUUCCAAUGUCCAAUAAGCAGAGGAUAUAGAAGAAAACCCUCGACUUGAUACGCCUUUUUCUACAGGAAUCUUACCAUUCGCGUCCGCUAAAAUACAAUCUAAACCGUGACAAAUGCCAUAUGGAUAUGGUGACAACCCCUAAGACCUAAAUGCUCCAGAACGUGGCCGUAUAUUUGGGAUAACACUGCAAAGCUUUAUGAGGCAUGAUCCUGGUCGAAAAUGCAACUGCCUUGCCAUUUCCAGCAGACUAGUUCGGAGACUGGAUCAGCAUCAAUAUCUUGUAAUGUGUCAGGAGACUUGUGCUGUCAUUGUAAUCUGCUAUAGUAAGAUACAUGAGUUACCGUAAACAUCAAUAUGCGAUUUACCUGAAAUUGUAUCACGGUGUGCAUCUGAACAUCAGUUAAAGCAGUAUUACAGCUGUAAUACUGAUGUUACAAAGCAGCUUCACGGAGCCCUUGCCUAUUAGGUUUUCGAGUUGUUCCUCUAUUAAUGAGACUAAAUGCCUUCAGUUUUGAAUGAAUAUUUUCGUCAUUUGUUUGCCUUUAUCUGCACUGUUGGAUUAUGUCAUAACAAAAUUUAAGGUUUUGUACACGCCACCUGGUGGGUGAUACAAAUAGAACUCUUUGGUCUUUUGAAGAACCGUGCGGCAACGUAACGGUAAAAUUGACCAUACUUGACGUCGGAUGCCGCUCGUCUGUAAUCUGCAAAUGAUAAGUAUUAGCCUAGCAAUUGGUCAGUUUAUUUGACCUAAAACCAAAAGAAUAGCUAACUGCGUCCCUUCGAUUGUUUCAUAACAUGCAUGUAUUCUAUAGCUGCAAUGAAAGUAAGUGAGCGUACUCCCUAGAGUUUCGAGGAUGAUCGUCAAGAUGAAAAGGAUAUUCCUAUUUCUGCUGGCGAAAUGUGGGUAUGGGUAAAACUGUUCCUGUGGAAGUAAACAUUGACGUGCAGCUUGUAUAUUUAUAAAAAAUAUAUAUAUACCUAAGGCAGGAAUCUACUUAACCAUAAUCCUUGGAUUCAAACAUCUUGAUAUGUCCCGUAGUUCUAUAGUACGUUAGGUAAUUUCUUAAACUACAGCUAAUUAUGCAAAAUCAAUUCACACGAGAAGAAACGUCAUAAAAAACGUGGCAACCUACGUGUUUUCAUUCCAUUGCAAACAAAAUCUUAUUUACGAAAAGGUUGGACUGCGAUAUUGUAAAUCGGUCUUUAGUAGUCGAAAUAUUCUUAAUUGAUAUCUUUUUACGUUAUUUACAAAUGUACAUUGUCUGCUGGUAACUAAACUACUCGGUAGUGAAGCAGACGUACAACCACACAAACAAACGAACUCUAUUUACUCUAUAUAAAAAUAACCCGUUCACAUUAUAAUGCUUUCACUUCUCCCCGCCCUCGUUGUCCAUAGUGUUAGACCCCCUGUGCAUGGAUUUAUAAGAGAGAACUCAAAACUGUCGUAAGCUAACGUUAAGAAAAUAGUCAACCCAGUCAAAUUAGUCGUGGUAAAAUAGAUCGAUGAAAGUAUGGACCGGAAGGAAUUAGACCAGAUUUCGGUGAACCAGAAACAUGUCAUAUCUCCCAAGUCCAUAAUUUCACUUUAUAUAUGAAUUGGAUAUAUGUGCGCUACUACGACCAUAAAUAGCACUAUCCGUCAGUGUGCACACUAUAGGUAAACAUAGGGCCCUAAGUAAAUAAACCCGGGCCCGCCAACGGGGAGUUGUGUGCACAUCCCGAAGCUUUAAAGUUAUAAAUAGUAUUAACGAGUCGCUGCGAAACACUUUACGUCAUUAUACAAGGACCAAACCCCAAACAAUCAACCAGCAAGAGUGUUAAGUCGGUAUUGGUCGGCUCGGUUUUUACAGUAGGCUUGGUCACCUUGUAUAUGGUCUGUCGUUUGUCUAUAGUGAUUAUAAUGGUUGUCUAUAGUGAUUAUAAUGGUUGUCUAUAGUGAUUAUAAUGGUUGUCUAUAGUGAUUAUAAUGGUCGUCUAUAGUGAUUAUAAUGGUUGUCUAUAGUGAUUAUAAUGGUCGUCUAUAGUGAUUAUAAUGGCUGUCUAAAGUGAUUAUAAUGGUUGUUUAUAGUGACUAUAAUGGUUGUCUAUAGUGAUUAUAAUGGUUGUCUAUAGUGAUUAUCAUGGUUGUCUAUAGUGAUUAUCAUGGUUGUCUAUAGUGAUUAUAAUGGUUGUCUAUAGUGAUUAUAAUGGUUGUCUAUAGUGAUUAUAAUGGCUUUCUAUAGUGAUUAUAAUGGUCAUAAGUUCGUUCAAUAUCGAUCAAUGCUUGUUGAUUCCGUAGUUGACAAAAAUAACCAAAUUUGAGGCAUGACUAAAAUUAUUAAUUCAUCCAAUGACGGAAAUAAUUGUUUUUCCGCCGACGAAAAAAAUCAGCUUGUUCCAUAGCAAAAAUGACCGAUUUUUGCAAUGACGAGCAUAUAAUCUGUUUGUCCCUGAACGAAAUGUUCAAUUUGUCUCUUGACGAAAAAUGAUCAGUUUGUCACCUUACGAAAUAUAUCAUUUUAGUUUCAAGUAUAUAUUUCCUAGCUCAUCAUACCAAUAGCCAUGUUACAUUUAUCGGACUAGUCAAUAUGAUGAUCCCAACAUUUAAUCGGUGUCAAUUACCACAUUAUUACAUGCAUUUAAAUCAGUCUAUAUAGUGAUAUGUUUAUAAAUAUUGGCGACGAAAAUGAUCAAUUUUCCCCAUAAAAGUAAUAUGUGUCGCAUGAUGAGCCUGAUCAAUUUGUCCUGUAACGAAAAAAAUAUAAUGGCCCCUCGGCGAGAACAAUUACAAAAUAUCAUAUUACUUAAAUAUUUUUUACAUAUACUUUAAGAGACCACGGGACUGUGCGGUUAAGCGAACCAUGCUUAUAUUCGCUGUGUAUACAUGUUACCUGUAUGCUAUUUACAUAUGCAUCUCAUGUUCAUUUAGGUUUUCUAUACUAGUUUAUAGGUAUGGCCACGUGUUCAGGCUGAGUGACAGGAUCACUAUUUAUCAAACACAUAGCUGAUAUAAUUCAUUUCCGACUGUCGAGGAUUUUGAUCAGUUACCUGUCGGGCGGGAUGAGGGGACAGUGCUGAGAUACCUGUUCACGAGAACAUUUUACACCUGUACACAGAUUUCACUACCUGUUAUCAAGUCAAGAUGUCGUUCCGGGAUCACCGCAACAUCAACAUGGAGUCCAAGUCGAAGGAGGUCAAUCACCUUGACAACAUGAGCAAAGGAAUGAACAAGGCCCGGGAGUAUCUCAUACUUUUCCUCACCUACAUCCUGUACAAAAUCACGCGCUCUAUCGUCAUCACCUUCCAAAAGUUCACGUGGGCAGUAACCGGUGUCGAGAGGACCCGAAAGGACGCACAACGUGGAUUACAAUUUAAACUAAGUGCGCAUGUCCAGAAUGUAUUUUGGCGACGGAAGUUGUUUGCUAUGACAAUGGCAGACCCAUCCGACUUUAUUACUACUCAUAAAUGUUUUAAACAUCCCAAUUAUGUGCUCAAACCCCAUAUAUCGCUGUAUUGUAUAACAAAGAAGGAGGCCAUAUUUGUUGAAGUGAAAGAAGGGACGGAUAUUUACGGUUCAUCAGAAAGCACUUCAUCAUUAUUUCAAGAACAGUUUGAGCAUGCACACUGUCUUAUAUCCAUCCCCCUAGCUUCUUUUCACAAAAUAGCAUCAGACCUUGGCACUCCAAAAGUACCAAUUAUAUGGAUUUCAAGCACCGGACGUUGUGGGUCGACUCUACUGACACGUGUUUUUGCGCAACUUCCGGGUAUGAUGGUAUUGUCCGAACCUGACGUCAUCACUAGUCUAGCUUACUUAAAAAAGACGAAGAAAAUCAACAAAGGGGAAUACGAACAGUUACUGCCUAGUUCAAUACGUUUACUUUGUAAACCGGACGACAGAGCUGGCAUGAUUUGCGUCAAAACGAGACCGGGUUGUACCGGACAGAUGGAGGAUGUGUACAAGAACUUCCCGCAGAUAUAUCAAAUGUAUGUAUACCGAAAUAGCCUCAAAACCGUGACGUCAUCGCUUAGUCUGUUUUCAGAGGAACCGUUUGCCAUGAUGGCCCGUUACAUCAUUGACAACAAAGUGUUAUCCGCUAUCAUGCCAUGUUUCAGAGGUUUCUUCUAUUUCAACUUCUGCUAUGUGCUAGAUCAUGACCCUCCUGCCUUUCCCCCGAAGAGUCUUAGCAGUGUCGGCAUAUUCACAACGGCAUGGGCUGCUAGUAUCUCGCGCUGCGUGGAAGCUAUCGAGGCGCGCGUGCCUGUCAUCGCUCUACUUUAUGAAGACAUGAUGAAAAACCCUCGAAAAACUUGCUCAAUUCUGUUUGAUUUUUUAGACAUUCGGAGGGAGUAUAUAGCGUCUGCUAUGGAGGGCUUCAAAGUAGACUCGAAUAAGGGUUCACUUAGCCAAAGCCUGGUUAUCAGUGAUUCCCGACGGACAAUCCCACAGGGGUUCCGAGUGGAAGCUGACUCGAUCCUUCGAAAGCACAACCUACCAAGACUCGGUGAGAGAUACGAAUUGCCGGGCCUUAUCGAUUUUGAAGCCUCAAAACUCCCUAGAAUGAACUCCAGUAACAAAUUCUUUUAACCUGUGAAGCUUUUAAGCUUGAAAAUGUGUAACGUUCUCUAAAGGAAAUGUUUCGUCCAAUAACACAGUUAUUUACUUCAGUAGACCUUCAUGCUAUACAUACUUUAUUUGUUCCCGCUUCACACAAAACGCAAGAACUGGUAUUGCUUGUAAUUUCCCAUUCAUGCACCCAAGUGUCAACUUAAUAGUAUGGGCCGCAGGAUUCUCAUAUAUACAUAUAUAUCAUGUUGGUACAGUCUUGAAGAUGGUCUUCAAAAUAAUAAUUAAAAAAAAAUAGAAGAUAAA